AUGAAGAAGAGGAACGGAAAAAUGGAAGAGGAGGAGGAGGAAAAGGGGGAGAAAAAGGGAAAGGAAGAGGAGGAAGAGGACAAAAAGGAGGUAGAGGAGGCCCUGAGGAUGUCCUCCCCGGGGGAGGCCCUCUCCCUGUCCCCGGAGCAGACGCGGGUCCUGGAGGAGAACUUCCGCGUGUCCAGACACCCGGACCCGGCCUCCGUGAUGCUGAUAGCCGCAGAGUGCGGGCUCACAGAGGACCAGACUCAGGUGGGUUUCCUAAAAUAA